AUGUAUGCUUCCUCCCUUCACUCCUCAUCCACCCAGUCAUCUCCUUUGGAAUUCGCUCCGUCUCCAGCCCUGAGUUGCUUCUCUCGUCCCAUUACUUCUUGUCUGCCGUGUCGCAGUCGCAAAGUCAAAUGUGACCGACGACAACCCCACUGCUUGGUUUGUGAGCGAGGAGACUAUGCCUGUUCCUAUGUGUCAAAGCCUCAGUCGCCAGGAAUGGCCUCGGAGUCGAGCCGGAUCAGCAAGUCCAGCAGUGCCUCCAGAGUGUCUUCAUCCACCCUGGCCCGAAUUAACCCAGGUCUGCAGCGUCUUGGUAAUUUCAUGGCACAAGCGAGGGCAUCUCUAGCAUCAGAGCAUUGUCCAGCGUCGCUGGACUCUUUCACUCCUACGCGAUCGACGCCCGCACCCCACAAUGUGCCAACCCCACAGCCGCGACCGCACGAAGAUGCACUAAUUCUCGAUAACGGGGUCCCCCACUUUAUCUCCGGAAAGCACUGGGCCUGGAUGGCAGCCGAGAAAUCCUCGCCCGAGGAAAGCCUCGAAGAUGUCAUCUGGGAUGCUGAUUUUUCUCCGGCUAGCGCGGCCACCUACUGGCCCGAUACACGGAAUGAUUGCUAUCUACUCCUGAAUGUUUUCCUGGCUAAUGUGGACCCAAUUGUCAGAAUUGUUCAUCGUCCGAGUUUGGCCCGUCGCUUUGAUGCAUUUGUUCACUCCCAUUACUCCCUAGAGAAUGAUCACACACCCGUCAUGACCGGGACUGACGGUAGUACAACUUUUCCUCCGAAUAAUAUGGAUGUUUUCGAGCCGCUAGCCAUGUCCAUCUUCUACGCGGCUGUCAAUACCAUGAAGGAUACCGACACAAUCACCGUGUUCGGCACAGACAAGUCCUACCUCUUAAAUCGAUACCGAACGGGGACAGAAGUCCUUCUGAAACGACAGAAAUUCAUGACCUCGAGAGUCUUCGAGGUUUUACAAGCAUUUGUGAUCUUCUUGACCGCGCAAUAUCGGGAAGAUGAUAUGGGGAAGGUGUGGCCCUUGACUGGGCUGGCCAUUCGAAUGGCGACGGUCCAGGGGCUCCACCGGGACCCUCUAGCUCUACCACUGGGGACCGUCGACGUCGUGCAGGUAGAGCUACGUCGUCGCUUGUGGGCGCAAAUCUGUCACUUGGAUUUUCACGCUGCAGAGGAUCAUGGGUUUGCGCCUUCAAUUCACGAGGCGGACUUCGAUACGCGUCGACCCGUCAGCCUGGAUGAUGUCGAUCUGAUCCAAGGAGUAGCGCCCUCGGCCGGACUAACGGAUGCCCCCAAAUUCACCGAUAUGACCAUAUAUCUCCUGCGAAUCACCGCUGCUCAAUAUUACGGACGCAUUAUCCAAAUGACCCAUGCAUCACGAAAGCGAUUACGCCCCACCCUCCGCCACCCCGUAGGCGAAGUUGAAGCAUCAGCAGAGCUCCAGGGCUUGUUGAACAUGGCUGAGACUCUGGCCAGCGAGUUUGAGAGUAUUUUGGAUGACCUCGUUCGAUACUGUGAUAAGAGGGUGAGUAUGCAAUCAAUGGCCUUGGAUCUGAGCAACCACUUGAAAUCCAAGUUCUGGGUCAUGUUCUGGAUUCAACUCUCUCGACAAGAUCGCGAAAAGAUUAUCAGUCCCGCAAUGAGAAGAAACAAGGUGUGCGAACCCUUUCAAUGGCAUAUAGCCUCCCACGCCGGCUUCUACCUGAUUCUCUACGUGCUCGUCGAGAUUCGUAGCCCUGGCUUCCAAUCUCUAGAGUGGGCUGAUCUCCGCCAGCGAGGUUUUCAGUUAGCGAACGCCAUCUACGAGAUCCGGAGCCAACAUACCACGGGCGCAUGGCCCGCAAUCAUUUGGCUGGUAAAUCAAAUUCGUUUUCAGCAGGGUCUCGCUUCUGCCGACGUUACCCAUCAGCCUCCAGGGCCCGGUUCAUCUGGUAAUCCUCGCUCUAUAAUGUUGCGAUCCUUUGCUGCUUCUCCUAUGGGCUCAGCGGGGUUGGACUUUGAUACGGCGGAUUUCAUGGGAUUGGUCAAUCUGGAAGACUUUGAUCUUGGGGACUUGACCGCUUUGGAUUCGAUGGGCUUUUCUGGAGUGGCAUAG